AUGGAAGAAAGCCCCAAAUUCAAACCACAAACCCUCUCGCAGAGCAGCAGUCGAAGAAGACGAACCAGCACCGACUCCAACUCGCCCGAGUUCGAGUUCUGGAUGGUCCGGAACCCCUCCUGCCCUCAACCCAAUCUCCUCUCCGCAGAUGAACUCUUUGUUGAUGGCGUGCUCCUCCCUCUCCACCUCCUCCCCAACCAACCCGACCCACCUGACCCAAAUCCACAACCUAUCUCAGAACAGCCUGUUCCAGACUCAGAAACCGUCUCAGAACCAGCUGUUCCGGACCCAGAACCGGAACCCAGCCCAGGACCCGAGCUGUCAACCGCUCCAGUUCUAACCGCAUCGAAGCGUUGGAGGGACAUUUUUAAGAAGGGCGAGAAGAAAACCGUCAAAGGCGACGAGAAUGAUAAAGAGAAAGACAAGAAGAAAGAACGAAAGGGUGGAACCGGAGCGAGCUCGGCCGAGUUGAACAUCAAUAUAUGGCCUUUUUCACGCAGUAGAUCCGCCGGGAACGCGUAUACCCGACCCAAACCACCAUUCGGAUCCCCCGCAACCCGGAAGGUGAACAGCGCGCCGUGUUCAAGGAGCAACUCGACGGGCGAGUCGAAGUCGAGAAAAUGGCCUCCUGCAAGUCCGGGUCGGCCCGGAGUCCAUUUGGGUCGCAGCAGCCCGGUUUGGCAGGUCCGGCGCGGGAGCUCGGUGGCGGUAAAGAGCAGCUUGGAACCACAUGUUCGUAAUGCUGAAAAGGCGACCAAAAAGGAAGUGCCCGAGAGUCGCCGGAGUAAAAAUACCACCGUUGUCGCUGGCGCGGGUGGUGCGAAAGGCAGGGUCUUGAAUUUGAAUGUUCCGAUGUGCAUUGGGUACAGAAGCCAUUUGAGUUGUAGAAGUGACGAGAAUAGUGCUGUAGGUGUGGCCGGCGGUGGAGGCAGUGGCAGCAGAAACCGCGGUGGUGGCGGUGGUCACGGUGGAGAUAGUGGCGUCGGUGGUAAUCUUUUUAAUCUGCGCAGCCUUUUCACUAAGAAGGUGUAUUAA